AUGAGAGCAUCACUGUGCUACAUUAUGGUGAACUGUGCUACAUUCGAAUUGACUUUAUCAUUAAUUUGUGUUCAAUCGCCAAGUUCCAUAAUCUUAGCUAUAAAAGGAGGACCAACCGCAUGUUCAAAUGACCGUGCAAAUUGUGCACAAAUGCAACGCUUUUGCACUGUGGAACCAUUUGCUGCAACAAUGCCGAAAAUAUGCCAUAUAUGCACUUGA